AAAUAUUUUUCACAAAAAAUGGCUACUAAUAUCACCUGGCAUCCAAAUUUGACCCAUGCCGAACGUGCUGAAUUGAGAAAACAACAAGGUGUCACUGUGUGGCUCACUGGGUUAUCAGCUAGUGGUAAAUCUACCAUUGCUUGUGCUUUGGAACAAUCUAUUUUGGCUAGAGGCUUAAAUGCAUACAGAUUGGAUGGUGACAAUAUUAGAUUCGGAUUGAACAAGGAUUUAGGAUUCAGUGAAGCUGACAGAAAUGAAAACAUUAGACGUAUCUCUGAAGUUUCCAAGCUUUUCAGCGAUUCUUGUUGUGUUACGAUUACUAGUUUUAUCAGUCCUUACAAGGCUGAUAGACAAGUUGCUAGAGAAUUGCACGAAAAGGACAACAUCCCAUUUGUUGAAGUUUACGUUGACGUUCCAAUUGAAGUUGCCGAACAAAGAGAUCCAAAGGGAUUAUACAAGAAGGCCAGAGAAGGUGUCAUUAAGGAAUUCACCGGUAUCAGUGCUCCAUAUGAAGCUCCAGAAAAACCAGAAAUUCAUUUAAAGAACCAUUCUGGUGUUUCUAUUGAAGAAGCCGCCGAACAAAUCAUAGACUAUCUUCUUGAAAAGAAGUACAUUCACUAGAGAACUGUGUAUAUAGGAUUACAAUACUACUUCUUUAAACU